CUCACGCACAUAGCGAAGGAGUGCACCGAUUGCAUUAUAUUAUGGAUGGUGGCACCAGCACUAUAAAACAUAUGAUACACGUUGCUGAAAAAAACUAUUGUCGUCGUGGCUAGCUACUUUUAUUUUGUCCAAACUACAGCAGGGACCAACAUCGGACAAUAUCAACAAUUACUAACAGAGGACCCAAGAACUCCGAGACUAUCAACCAUUUCCAUCGAGGAUGCACCUUGACAAAGGAGGUGCAGAUGGCGAACAAUGAUUGUGUGACCCUGGUGCCCUUUGUCCAUCAGGUCGGGGGUCAUACAGCCAUGAUGAAAUAUGACGAGGCAACCGUCUGCAAGCCUGUUCAACCAGCUGAGCUUCAGUUUUACAAAACGCUUUCACCGGAGUUGGCCAAAUUCACCCCAGGGUUUAAAGGGGUUGUACAUGUCUCUAUACAAGAGGAGGACGACGGGUCAAUGAGCUUAAGAGCUUACCCACGUACUUGUAGAAUGCACCGCCAGCCUACAGGUUCUCUCCCAAACCCGAUUGUUGAAAAUGAGGGUCGGGGGUCUUCUACAUGUAAUCCAAAGAUUCAUCGAUCGCCGAAGUGGAAACAUCCCCAAAGAUUGGAAGGAGUCGACUCAGAGGUAGUAUUUGCGGACCAUUCCGGGAGUAAGAUGACUCAAGUAAACCCUUGGGGACACCAUCUCUAUCAGCGACAGUUAGACAGGAUGCACAGGGACAAUGGAACUGGCAAACUUCAUGAGUUUAUUCUUCUUGAGAAUCUGACGUGGCAGUUCCAAUCCCCAUGCAUACUGGACGUUAAACUUGGCACGAGGACGUACCACAAGGACCACUCAGAAGCCAAGCGCAAGCUUCACAUUGACCGGGAUGCUGCAACGACCACAGCCACGCUAGGUCUCCGAAUAUGUGGAAUGCAAGUUUAUCAACCAAACAGAGGCAUCUACAAGUGCCGCAACAAAUACGACGGUCGUCGCCUUUCAAAAGACGGAUUGCAGAGGGCGCUUUCAGAUUACCUCUGCGACAACGAACGGGUGAGGACUGAGUUAAUCCCCUCAUUUGUUGAGAAAUUAAACACUCUCAUACAAGUCAUCUCAACAGUCAAGACCCACACCUUCCUCAGUAGCUCUCUGCUGUUGAUCUAUGAAGGGGACCAGACUGUAGAACCUUCCCCUAAAGGCUGCACAAGAGACGUAUCAGCGGCGGCAGUCGAUUUGCGCAUUAUUGAUUUCGGCAACACAGAGCAGGAUUCCGAGAGUUUUGACAGCGAUCAAGAAUGCAACAGAGGAUGUGUUUAUGGACUGCAGAAUCUUGUGAGAAUCAUGGGCAAUAUUGAAGGUGCAAAUAGCUCAAGUUAAGAAGAAAUGUGACACUGUUUCAGUUGCUUUUAUUUUCAGGUUUAAGUAUGUACGGGCUUGUAAUACUAGUUUUUAUUUUAGGUUAUUUUAAAGGCAGUUUGUUGACUUUUUAACAGUAUAUUCGUUAGUGUCACGGUAAUAGAAUGACUACUCGUCCGAACUCGAGAUAGGAUUAAUCCUAGCGUUUCGUUAAAUCGGUUGCUGGCCUGGAUACGCCAUAUUUGCUGAAUGAGUGUAAUAUAGAUCAUGUGGAUUUAUUCUGGAAGGUACUUUGAAAUAAUCCUUCCCACAAUAACAAAAGCUAAAGAAUCAGGGCAAAAUUUCAUGGCUCUGCUUACCUUAAGCACAGAGUCGGCGCUUACAGAAGCAGGGAAUUCUGUGCUUACGGCAAACGUAUUUCUUGGGUUAGUGGUGAAUUUUUGCGUCUGUGCAUGCGUACUCCGCGUUAGACAUUCUAUGCUUACAAGGCUUACAUUCUAUGCUUACAAGGCUAGCGCAGAAGUUUGGCGCUUGCUCGUAAGCAGGGAAUCGUGAUCGUAAGCGCAGUAUUUGGCGGUAACCAGAGCCAUGAAAUUUGGCCCUGUUCUUACUAUGACCAUCGGUGCUCUCCUAUUACCAAUGCUCCUCUGCCAUGCUGUUUUUUUAUCAGAAAUGAUAAAUAAAAACAGAUAUUUUGUAUAUUGGCCAGAAACUGCGUGUAUAGGUUCUGUUUCGCACAUAUCAGUCUGCUACACUAGCUGGGGAAUUGGGAAAAACACUGUUGUAGUCUUUUGGUAUGUAGAAAUGUCUUUUAUCGCCUUCAAAAUUUCGCCUUCAAUGUUCAAAAUAUUGCAAUUUUUCCACUACAAAUUGCAGUUUGGUAUUACCAUGAAUUCCAACACGUUUACCUUCGUUGUUUAAGACAUGUUACCGUAGAGAAGCAAUACACUUUUUCUUUUGUAGCAUAGGCACUGUAAUUCUUUUUAUUUUACUAUACAACAAUUCUGCGUAACACUUUCAUAUUUUGCAUACAUUAUUUGAUAUUUUCUUAGUAUUACUACUGGUUUUUGUAUCAACUUGGUGAGAGUUCCAUCUGGAUUUUAUUUUAAGCAAGACAUUUCUCAAGGAUAUGGUUAUAUUUAUAAAAGGCUGUCUUUUGGGUUUUGUUUUGUUUCUUGUUUUUAGUGAUAAUUUUCUUUAGUAACACAGUGAAAAAUAUAUCUCCAUGAUAUUUAUGAUAAUUAUUCGUUUAAUGUAUUUUGCCUAAAAAUUAUGCAUUAAAUGAGCACAUGACAACCACUCCAAACGGACUCUAAUUGGUCAAAUUAAAAUAAGGUCAUUGAUAAUAGAUCUCUUUGAUGUCAAACAAUGUAAAAGUGCGCGUGCGCCAGUUGUGUGGCACACAAAACAACUCCCAGCCAAUGACAGGCAUUCAUUGAACUCCAGUGAGGGCGCUGUUUCGGUUGUGAUGUCCAGUUUAAUGACGCCUGGACGUGUACAUUGAAAGGAAACCGACAACGGAUAUCUAUGGACUCCCUCUUUCAUAUUGAACACAAACCAAGUGUUCCCGAAGAGAAAGUAAAGUGUUCCCCCACAAGAACGCUUCGAGCAGCCCGAGCCAUUCCAGUUGAUUACCCCACCAGCUAUGUUAUUUAGCAAAAAACCCAACAGUCUCGAGUAUGUUAUUCAAGGAUUUUUACUGUAGUACUAGUAUUUAUACAGAAGCACAAAAUGUAAAUAUAUGGUGUACUACUACUUUGUUUGUAUAUCUUGACAGGAAACAUUUCCUUAUUCUGCCACCACAAUUUCAUUUCAUUAUGAAAUAAAUAAGUAUAGUUUACUCUAAAAUGAGAAUGAGAUACAUGUAUUCCUUUCGGUUAAAAUUAGUGAACAAGAAGUUGUAGUGAUGGAUUGACAGAAUACGGAAAUCUUCAACAUUUUAAUGAUCAUUGCCAACUAGCAUUGUUGCACCAAUGGCAAUGCACCAACAUGAGCCUGUGUUCAAAUUUUCUGGAAAAUUAAUCACCCGUAAUGGUCGUGCCCCUUUGUGUGAUCUGAAAUUUAGAUUUUACACAUUAAAUUAAUGCCACUCACUGGACACUUUUGGUAAUAACUAGAAUCGUAGCAUAAAAACUUACUUGGUAACAAGCAAU